AUGGAGAAGGGACAUAUGUCCGUCAGGAGAGAGGCCAGCUGGAGUCCAGGAAGAAUGAGAAAACCCCUUCAGCUAAAGCAACACAUGGACACCGCUGGAACAGACUGUGACGCGUCAUGGGAGAGGACGGGAUUCAACAGGGAGGGCAUGAGCCGAAAAACAAAUCUGACCAGGAGUGCCAGUCUAUCAGAAAAGGAGCUAAAGGAGGCCCGUGUGAGGAGUCACAUCAUUGCUGCUCAGCUCACCAUUCCUUCCAAAUCCAGCUCCAGCUCUAGGGGUGUGCAGCUCUUCAACCGGCGUAAACAGAGAGUCAACGCCUUCACCGUUGAAAGCUGUGGACAGGGAUCACAGGAGGAUAAAAUUGAAAAUGGAAAAAGUAACACGUUGUCUAACAAACUAACAUGGGCAGAGAGGAGCAGUGAAGAAAAGGACAGAAACCUAAACUUGAACAAUACUCAGCCACUCUUUUCACCAACUGCGAGUGUCCAAUCUAUUGGUGAUAUUAUGGACGAGCCAGGAAAGGGAUUAAACCAAGAGGAAGACAUGGACAACACUGAUGUUCAAGAGAGGCAUUUUCUCCCUGUAAAGGAGGAACAGGAGGAGGAUGAACAGGGAGGAGAUGAUAUCCACGAGGGGGUAGAGGACAGUGUCAAGAAUGAAACUACUUUAGGAAGUAACAUCAUUGAACCAGACGUGAUAGAACACGCCCAAGGGGAGGCAGAGACAAAUGGGGGCCACACAGGGCCAGUUCCUACUGGAAAGCUUCCUAAUGGCUGUCAUGGCACCUCUGGACCUGAGAGGGUGUCUUUACUCUCAUCCAAGCAGGCAUCCACCAUCGUCAAUAGAACUGCGAGGCCCUUCUUCUCACCACCCACAGUGCACUCCACAGAAGCAGUCAGUCCUGUCAUGAACAUCCCACCUCCUCCGUCUUAUUCCACCCCUCCCCUCCCUGCUUCUACUGUCCCUCAACCUGCCACGUAUUCUUCUCCACCUCCGCCUCCGUCAUAUCCCACACCUCCUCUUCCUGCCUUCACAAACCAACCUCCACAAGCGUUCUGCCAAAGUCCACCUCCCAUGUCUCCUGUCAUGUCCCCAUAUCCCCCUCCACCAUCUCACUUCCCUGUUUCUCAGUAUCCACCCAUGCCCCAAUGUGGCCCACCCACAGCCCCAAAGCCAUCCACCUUUGUUCCUCAAACCACUGGAGAAAGGAAGUUGAUAACACCAAUCAAAACAGGAAUACUUGAGGAGGGCGCUGUCAGGAGGGCGAGUAAGAAGUCGAUGUUCACAUUCAAAGAAAAGCAAGUUAUUGCUCCAAAUCCUGAGCUGCUCUCUUUAGUGCAGGGGGCAGAUGAAAGGAAGAAACAUGGGCACAGGUCUGUACCUGAAGCGGCAUCUGAAGAGGAGUUACUGGCUCUGGGUGCAGAAGCCUCAAACUUCCAAGUCAAAAAGGUUGAAAGGUUGGAGGGAGCAAGUGCUCCAGAGUGGGCCUCCUGCCUUAAGAGCUCAAGAACCCGCCCAAGGUUGGAGCAUCAGCCAGAGCAGACCCUCACCAAUGUAUCUGGAAAAGGGGCUGAACUGUUUGCCAAGCGUCAAUCCAGGAUGGAGAAAUAUGUUGUUGAGAAUCAGAACGCAGGACAAAUGAGAUGUCCCUCUCCAACAAUGUCUCUGCCACCAUCUUGGGUUUACCCAUCCAACAUGCCCGGAAGGGUGAAAGCCAUUGCCAAGAACUCCGACAUAGGUGCUCAGCUUUCACAAAAUCUUAAGGCCCAGCAAGCAGUCAAGCAGAAACCAAAGCCAAAGGCUGCACCACCAGAACCAGUCCCAGAGGUGCCGCCUUUGGAAAACGGUUGUUCAAAGAUAGAGAUGGACCUUUCAAGGCACCGACCCUACCAGCUUAACUCAUCCCUAUUCAUCUUUAACCCAGUCAAGGACCCAAUCAGUACCUUACCCAGAGGAGCGCCACAGGCCAGGAAUCAACAAACCACCCAUACUUACUCCAGACAAACUUCUCUGCCUAACAGCCCUCCUUCUCACUUUGGUCCCCAAAGCAUGCCAUCUCAGCUGCCGCUCAGCCCCACAGCAGCACCAGAGUAUCUGUCAAGUCCAUCUUCUGAGCAUCCAAGGAUCAGUUCUCCAAUGUUUGCUUUUUCUCCAGACAGAGUAUCCUCUCCACGGUCGGGAAUGCAAGCACCAAGGCCCACAUUUUCUGCCAAAAAGGCAGGAAUUGCCCCACAGGUAUCAAAGGAGCCCUUCCCAGGAGAAAUUCCCAGUGAGACAAGCACACCGGUCGGCACACCCAGCCUCUCCAGGCGUUUCAGCAGCCCAGAUGGCCCCACAACCAGAAUCUGGACCUCAAGCCACCAAAUAAAUCAACCGUCCCCCACCAUCCGCUCAGUCACUUCCCCUGGGACCUGUCCCAUUAAUACGAGAUGCCAGUCUCCCAUGACAAGUCAGAACAUCCACUGUUCCGCCAUUAACUCCACUUUUACAUCCCUACAGCCCUCCCAAACAUCGAUAGCCACCUCCCCAUGUUCCCCUCCUUGGGGGUCAAGAUGCCAAUCCCCAAUGGUCAGCCAGCCCACCACCACUUCCUCCAUUCCUCCCUUUAAACAAACCCAGGUUUCUAAAACUCAUUACCCUCUUUCUCCUCCUUGGGGUACAAAAUGCCAGUCCCCAGUGGUGGGCCAGAACAACAAACCCCCUACUUCUGCCUCUUUUUCUUCAUCCAGACCAUCUGUAACACAUACAGCUACUUCCCCAUGUACUCCUCCUUGGGGAUCAAGAUGCCAGUCACCAGCUGUCUGCUACAAGUCUUCUAACAUUUCCUCUGAUCCUGCAUCCAAACCCUCACAAACGCCUACCUGGGGAUCAAUACCUCAAUCACCCUCAGUUAGCCAAAAUGACCAGUCUUUGACUCUCUCCAUCUCCUCAUCCAGACCAUCAUCCGGAAUGUCUCCUGCCUGUCCUCCUUGGGGCUCACGUUCCCAGUCACCUGCGCUCUUUCAAAGCAAUUUGUCCUGUCCUUCCGUCAAACCUCAGUACACAUGCUCUUCCCCCUCUACCCCACAACCCAAAGACAAUCGCUGCCUCUCGCCUACUGUCUCUAAUCGAGAUGCUAAAGCCAACCAUCGACUCCUGGCAAAGAAUAUUAUCAAUGCAGCCAAACGUAAAAACAGCCCCUCCCCUGGUGCACCCAGUGGUCACAGCCUCCCCAUCUCACCUGUGGGAAACUCCAACCAAGACUUGCACAAACCAGCUAUGAGCCCCUUCCAGUCACGGGCACUUGGGGCACACUCCCCCACUUUCAUCAGUCCUCCUCCAACUCCCACUCAAAGGAUCUGCUCCCCCGUGAGGCUGUACAACAGUCGCUCUCUGACUGACUCGGAUGCCUCUGUUGAAUCUGAAGACUCAGGUCUUCGCUCCCCCGGCCUGCACUCUUACAAUACCUGUCCCCGGGGCUGGGGCGGUAGCCUGAGAGUCAAGAGGAGCACGGUCUCCACUGACCUGUGA